GAAAAAGAAAAACCCCAGAAAACAAAACAAAACCCCAUCGUAGCUCGUUCAUGCUAAAGAGCCUCUGUAGAAGACGAUGUCCGCCGCGUCAGCCGCCAGGUCAUUUCUGCGCUCCGCCGCCUCUCGAACUUCCGGGACGGCGAGAUUAGCUUCCGGAGCUAGAGUAAGGCCCACCGAACCGCUGUUUCGUGUCCCGAAGCAAAGCUCACUCUCUAACCGCAUUUUCAGGUCGCCAGUGGAGUUGAGUAGCUGCGUGGAAUCGAUGCUUCCUUACCACACUGCCACUGCUUCGGCAUUGCUCACUUCCAUGCUUUCUGUAUCUCGCCACUCUUAUGGUUGGACCCCUGAAGGGCAAGAGAAGACUAGAUGAAGAUCAAGCAUCAAAGAUGGUGUCACAUGGAUUUAUUUCAAAUUUUGGGUUUUGAAGCAUUGAGAACUUGUCUUCCAUAGGUUUUUGAGAGGAUGAGAUUUCUAAAUUGAAUGUGGAAUGAUAUAUUGAACAACUUAACAGUAUGCGUGGUAGUUUCCCUGAAUUAUAAUUGGUCUGGAGCGAAUUCUUGUAAGCAGUAACAAAGGAGCUUCAUUUUGAUUUAUUGAGCAUCUCCUGCUGUCUCUAUCUGUCUUGGAAAAGUUAUUAUGGUUUAUUAUGUUUACUUAUUUAGUGCA